AUGCAGCCCAAGAUGAACGGCACGAUGGUGGGUGUGGAGCGCGACCGCGAGCGGGCGUACGUGCAGCACCGGGAGCGCGUGGCCAGCCAGCGCCGCCGCAUCGACAACGACACGCCGGCGAGCUGCGCCUACGCACGCAAGCCCGGCGCUGUGCGCACGAACCCUGCCCGCGCCGCGCAGAUCGACCGCGACAACGCGAAGCUUGUGGAGAAGAUGGUGCACAUAAUGAACACGAAGGGCGGCGUGGACACGAGUGAGCCGUGGCGUGACCACAACCGUGCGGUGAACUCGCAGCGCACGCGGCAGCAGCGGCAGGCUGUUGUUGCGGAGGAGAACGCGAGGAUGCUGGAGCGACUGGAGAGGGCGGCGCCGACGUACCGCGCGGACAAGUUUGCGGCCGAUCGUCGCCGCAACGAGGAGUUCGCUGCGCGUGCGAGCCGGUACCCGUACCGUCCGAUGGACAAGGCGGGCUCCUAG